AUGAAGAUACCUUGUAUGAUUCUUGUGCCGUGUACUGUAUAUUUCAUAUACAUCAUCUUUUAUUCCGAAAACGAGAAAACUACUGAAACAGGAAACGCCACCAGAUAUUCCCGCCAGAAAAGACAAUAUCCUCUUUACAAUUACACAUUGGAUCUCCUUAUCGUGGUGGAUCCAGGCGUGGUGGAUUGGUUUAAGUCUCAAAGCCGAGCAGGAACACCCGAAAGAAUCAAAGAGGAAGCCUACAAUGAAACGAAACUUCAUUACUAUCGUGUUUUCAACGGGAUAAAGAAAAGAUUUAUCACUUCUCAGGAGAUAGGAAUCAACUUGGAUCUAGUGGAUAUUACUCUGGCUGAGAAUAUAAGUUUUCCAUCACCCGUGUCUCUCACUCCCGACCCACGGUCUUUGAUCCCUGCCCCCGCUGUCUUGGACGCUUUCAGAGACUGGAUAAACAACACUGAACUUCGAGACCACGACCAUGCUUUGCUGUUCACAGGAUACAAUUUAACUUAUGGAGGAUCAGCAUCUUCGAAAGGGUUAUCCUUCCCUGAUUCCGUGUGUACAGAGCUGGCCAUGUCUGUGGUGGAGGAGUUUUAUGAUGAACGAACAGCGAUUUACGCCGCCCAGGAACUCGGGAGGAGCCUUGGUUCCAGACUCGACAUGGAUGGGAAUUUCUGCCGAUCUACUAAUCUAAAUAUCAUGUCCACCAAGUUUGUUUUCAACAGCCCGAAAAUAUCGAAUCUUUGGAAAUUUUCAAGAUGUUCAAAAUCUUAUAUCAAAGAUUUUCUUCAGAAGUUAGACAGUGAUGAGAGCCAUUGUCUGAGAUCGCCGAGUGAUGAAGUUAUACCGACAAAAGUUCUCCCGACCCCUGACGCCGAUAAUCAAUGUAAAACAGCUUUUGGGUCAGAUUCUUUUUUAUGCAGGGCCGUGAUCGGUACUGAUUAUCGUGUCCUCUGUGGAGGGAUGCCCUGCUUCCUUCCGAAGUCCACCACUUGUUCUCGUAUUCUCCCGCUGGACGGAACACUGUGUGGGAACUAUUCAGUUUGCCAAGAAGGUGAAUGCAAAGUAUCAAGUAGUGGCAAAAACGUUCAGGACCAGUGUCCCUUUGGCGACCAGCCAGUGCUUCCUGACGGUGUGGGAUGUUCUGAUAGGGUGUAUGGCCGGCCGUUCGAUUGCUACCUGCCAUCAUUUAAUGCUGCAUGUUGUCAGACUUGUGAAGAAAUUAAAACGGACAUAGAAGAUUGUGAGUACGGUGACCGGAUAGACAGAUGUCAGUACCCAAAGUGCCCGACUUACAACAACUUCACCCGAGAAAACCUCUGUUGUCUGACCUGCAAAAACGGUAAAUCGCCAUAUUCUGCUUCGACUGACGCGCCAUUAUCAACUACGUCAUCGGAUUCUGUUUUCUACGUCACAUCUGAUGAAAAGAUGUCAACUGAAAAUGGCACUUCACUCAUAAGCACUACAACUCCAAAACCAUCUACAACAACUGAAUCAACUUCACUUGCACAGCUUUCUACCAGGACUGAAACACAAACAACAGAAUCAACAGCCCUGACUGAUUUGACUAGCACAUUGAUAAGCACUGCUUUACCGACACCAUCUACCGCGACUGCGUCAACGUCAUUAGCGCCGCUCUCGACGAGGACUGAAUCGGAUACAACAGAAUCAAGUUCAUCAACUGAUUCAGACAAACAGAAUCAACCUACAAGACAUCACUGA